AUGAAACCAAUAACGUUGCGAAAAAGAAGCAAGAGCACCAGCUCUAACGCAAAUGAUGGUAAUAAUGAAACGGCAUCAAAGAGCCCAUUGGCAAAUGCUCCGGAGAUCCAUCCAGUUAGAUCAAAGAAAUCCCACCUUCGCCCCACGGAGUUGCUAUCGCCUCACAGACAUUCUAGGCUCUUUGAUAGUGAUGAAGCCUCUAAUGACAAUGCCGAGGAUGAGGAGGUUAGUUUAGGUUUGAAUGACAGCACCCUUGAUGCUGAUUCUCUAGCAGCCCCUCAGUCUGAAGAUCCUGAUGCUUCUUCUGAUAGCGGCAAACAUGAUAAAGGGUUGCUUUCUGGUUUUUUAUCGAUAGCACAAAACGUUGGUAACCAAUUAACAUCAAUAACUUCGACCACAGAUGCUCAUAAAGAUGAGGUCAUCCCUGCUGCUAUUGAUUCCAAAAAAAUUGAGUCGCAAGAGGCCAUAGCAACUACUAGCCACGGCUCACAAUUGAGCGAAAACCUAUCAUCCAUCAAGGAUAUAAAGUUCAAGGCUGUCAAAGCAGAUUCCCCAGUGAACACUUUGGGCAAUGGGAACUUAUCUCUCAAUGACUUUAGCCGUCUGCCUGGACAUGGUAACCAGCAGAAACACCUGCCAAUUGCAUUGAAUAUUCCCAUUCCUGGGUCAAUUGAUGCUAAUAUUGCCAUGCCCAGAGUUGAUGCGGUCGACAACGAUGGCAAUAGUUCCAGAGUUGCUAGCGGGACCAAUAAAUUCAUUCAAAAUUUAAGUGUUGCCGUUAACGUUGCUGGGGGGCUAGGACUGGCUAAUUUGUUGGAUUCUCAAGCUACAUUACAGGAAAAACUUCAAAAAGUUGAACAACAACAGAAAGCGGGGGUGAAAUUCUCAAUGUCAGAUAGAACGAUUCCUAAUGACGCCAUCAUGACCCCGAAUAGGUUAGACUACUCCAAUGCGAAUAUACUAUCCACGGCCCCAACUGACGCCUCAUCAUUGUUACUGUCCGCCAAAAACUCCCCUGUUAACAAAAGAUUCAGCCAAGGUGCCAUUGAUUUUCCCCUAAGAAGUAUUUCACCAAAAAGGUUUUCAUCGCUUCGUGAAGUUCCAAAGAGCAAUAGGAGCGUCGAUGAUAUCAAAAGGGGUAAAAGUUUCACAUUCCCAAAGAAACUGAGCUAUUUCGAGGAAAGUUUGUCGAAUCCGAACCUCAGUGUUGCGGGGGGAAGAUCAAGGUCAAGCUCCAGAACUAGUAGCUUGGGUGGAAACUUAUCAUCAAAAACUAGUAACAACUUAGUAGUGCCAUCAACCAUCAAUGGCAAGCGCUCAGAAUUGAGUUUUGCUUCGGAAAGAAAGCAACGAGAAUUCCAUUCCACCUUCAAAAGAAUCCCACAAACUGAGAAUUUAUACGUUGACUACGUUUGUGCAUUGUCAAAAGACAUCUUAUUACAAGGGAAAAUGUAUGUUUCAGAGAAUUAUAUUUCCUUUAAUUCCAAUAUUUUGGGCUGGGUCACCAAUAUAUCUGUGCCAUUAGAAGAAAUUGUGCAAAUAGAGAAAAGAACCACUGCAGGAUUUAUUCCAAAUGCAUUAUCUAUCCAAACAUUACAUCAACGGUAUUUCUUCACUAGUUUUAUUUCCAGAGAUAACACUUUUGAUUUCAUUACAAUGUUGUGGAACCAUGUUGUCAGAGGUGCGAAUUUCAGCUCAUCGGGGAGCAUCAAUGAGGAUGAUUCCGAAGAAUAUUCUGAUUCUGAUGAAACAGAAAAUGAUAGUAGUAGUUCUGGCUAUGAUAGUGAUAGUGGGUUGCAAGACAGUGACUUGGAUGAGCUUAGUGAUAUGGAUGAUAUGACCAGCAGCAUGGACGAAAGCGAAGAAGAGCCUAAGGCAGUGGAUACUAAUGAUAAUAAUGCCGUAGUUACCACAAAUAAUAACAACGCCAAUGAAAGUCUGGGCUUGCCCUUAAAAUUGAGCAGAAUAAGAGGCAAGUCCUUCAGCAGAAAAGAAGAUAAAAAGAGCAAAGAUAAGAAUAUUUCAAAUACAAAGGUGAAUGACAAUAAUAACGGCAGUAAUGAAGAGACCCUGAAUGUCAAAGCACCUAGUAGUGGUGGUGGUGGUGGUGAUGAUGAUGAACUUGGUACAUUACCAAUUCUUGGUGCCACAAAACAUGCACCAACUACUUCUCCGUGGGUGAAAAAGCCCAAUGAAACGGAAAUCCAAUCUGUGGUGUUUCCUGCUCCUCCAGGAACAAUUUUCUCGCUAUUAUUUGGCGAGAAUGAUAAUACUUUUGCCACUUCCUUGAUUCAAAAACAAAAGAAUAUCGAUAUCGGGGAAAUAUCGCCGUAUUCAAAAAAUCCAGAGUCCGGGUUAAAAGAGCGGAAAUACAGUUAUACAAAACCCCUUAGUGCUCCAGUGGGCCCAAAACAAACUAGAUGUAACAUAACAGAAACUAUUGAAAAAUUGGAUGUUGAUAACGAAGGUCAGAUCCAAGUAUUACAAGUCACGCAUUCUCCUGAUGUGCCAUCAGGAAAUUCCUUUUUAGUCAACACUAGAUUUUACAUGACCUGGGCUAAAAACAAUGGCACGUUGGUGCAAAUCAUUACAUUUAUCGAAUGGUCUGGGAAAAGUUGGAUCAAGGGGGCCAUUGAAAGCGGGACUAUCAGCGGUCAAAAGGAAUCCAUUGAAAUCCUUGUGAAUAGCAUUAACGAGGAAUUGGCCUCCAGAAUGACCUCAGGCAAAUCAAGAAAAAAAUCAAAAACCAAAACCAAAUCUCGGAAACCAAAACCAUCUUCUAAAGUCAAAACCCCAAUAUCCACUCCAACCAAAGAACUUGCUGCUAAUGAAGGCAUUUUCUCUAACAUUUAUGGUGUUAUUGAUCUGAUUCUUGAUCUGAUUCCUAUCCCAUUAAUUCCAAAAGAUUUCAAAACUCCUAUUGUGCUAUUCUUGUUGUUUCUUUUCCUUCUUCCAACGAUUUUCAGAGGACUCUUCGGAUCAAGAGCUUCAUAUGGUGAUAGAGAUUAUAUUUCAACAUACAGCACCGCUGAUGGUGAAUUUACAGUCAUCCCACCGAUGCAAAGAUUGUAUUCUAAUGGCAAUUUGCGUAAUGAAUUGCAAGUGAAUGUGUGGGACUGGAUCGAGGCCAAGGUUAACAAAGAAGAAUUGUCAAAUGAAAUUGAAGAUUCAAAAGAUGAUGAAUCUAUAGGAUUUGCUUGGAGAGAAAAAUACUAUGAUAAUUCACUAAGUGAUAGUCAAAAAGAAUAUCUCAGCAAGGUUGUGAAAAAUCGGAAAUCACAAGAGUUGAGCAAAAAAUAUUCAAAACAAGAAUUAGCAGAAUAUGUCAGAUUGAAUGAAAUGCGAAUAGAUGAGUUGAAAAAGAUGUUAUCAGAUAUGAAAAGUUGA